GUCGAAGAAGUCAAGGAUUUGACCAAACGUAUCAACCAAAACAUUACUGAUAUUGAAGAGAUGCACGGUGCAACACUUGUUAAUAUCAGUGAAGAACAAAUGUCUGAGAACACUCGCCGCCUGGAGCAGCUAUCAACUCAGACAGCAAAAUUGAAUAAUGAAGCCAAACUGCGAAUAAAAGCUAUUGAAUUGAGCAAUGCAAGGAUACCAGCCAGCACUGGUGAUCUCCCUAUGCGUAAAACACAGCUUUCGGCAUUAAAGAAGCGUUUCAUUGAAACAAUUCAGCGAUACCAAGACAUUGAACGGACGUAUCAGCAAAAAUAUAGACAGCGUGUCGAGAGACAGAUCCGUAUUGUUAAGCCAGAGGCAACUUCGGAUGAGAUUGAAAAGGCGUUGGAUUCUGACGAGACGCAGAUUUUUGCUCAAUCUCUUAUGCAAGCCAACCGAUCAGGCCAAGCCCGAGCAGUUCUGAAUGAAGUCCAGACACGACACGAUGACAUUAAAAAGAUUGAAAAGACGAUCCUGCAACUUCAUCAAUUGUUCAUGGACAUGCAAAUGAUGGUGGAGCAACAAGGAGAGACACUAAAGGAGGUUGAGAUGCACUCUGAAGCCGUAAUGAUGGACCUGGAACAGGGAAACAAGGACAUUGACAGGGCCAUUGUUAGUGCCAAAAGUACACGUUCUAAAAAAUGGUGCUGCUUUGCAAUUGCUAUUAUUAUUUUAAUUGUAGCAGGUAUCCUGAUCUGGUGGUUUGCUUUUGAUCAUGCUGGUAUUGAUUGA